UGAUACUUCAAGAUUAAGCUCUAAAGUCUCUCACCAUGACGAGACUGUAAGCAAUGAGCUUGAAGAAAUACUAACAAAUAAUCAAUCACCAUACUCUAAGAGACUCCGUUUAGCUUCCUGGGUUGAACUGAAAUUGCUUUUCCAGCUUGCAGCUCCGGCUGUGAUAGUUUACUUGCUCAAUAAUGUGAUUUCCAUGUCUACUCAGAUCUUUUGUGGGCAUCUUGGAAACCUUGAGCUUGCUGCUGUCUCUCUUGGCAACACUGGCAUCCAAGUUUUUGCUUAUGGCCUUCUGCUUGGAAUGGGAAGUGCAGUGGAAACCCUAUGUGGCCAAGCAUAUGGAGCGAAUAGAUAUGAAAUUCUAGGCAUAUACCUCCAAAGAUCAACUAUUCUCCUCAUGCUAACAGCUCUCCCUCUAAUGGUGAUCUACAUAUUUUCCAAACCUAUCUUGAUUUUUCUAGGUGAACCAGUCAACAUAGCAUCAGCAGCUGCGGUUUUUGUCCGUGGACUCAUCCCUCAAAUUUUUGCUUAUGCUGCAAACUUCCCUAUUCAAAAAUUCUUGCAAUCCCAAAGCAUAAUUGUACCUAGUGCAUACAUAUCAGUAGGUGCACUUGUGGUGCAUCUUUUUCUAACCUGGCUUGCAGUCUUCAAAUGGGACUGGGGCUUGUUAGGUGCGGGCCUUGUGUUGAGUCUGUCUUGGUGGAUCAUAGUGGUGGCUCAAUUUGCAUACAUUGCAAUGGGUAAGACGUGUAGAAACACAUGGAAAGGUUUUAGUUUGCAGGCCUUUAAUGGUCUUUGGAGGUUCUUUAAAUUGUCUGCUGCCUCAGCAGUAAUGUUGUGUUUAGAGACUUGGUACUUUCAGAUUUUAGUCUUGAUUGCUGGAUUGCUUAAAAAUGCUGAGGUUGCGUUGGAUUCUCUCUCAGUUUGCACGACAAUAUUAGGAUGGGUGUUCAUGAUUUCAGUUGGAUUUAACUCUGCUGCAAGUGUGAGAGUGAGCAAUGAGCUAGGAGCAGGGCAUCCAAAAUCAGCAUCAUUUUCAGUCGUUGUGGUGACUUUAUGUUCAUUUAUAAUUUCAGUAAUUGCAGCCAUUAUUGUGAUGAUAUUUCGAGACUCCAUUAGCUAUAUCUUCACUGAAGGUGAAGUUGUUGCUAAAGCUGCCUCUGAUCUCUCUCCAUUCCUCGCUGCCACUCUCAUACUAAAUGGCAUUCAGCCUGUUCUGUCCGGGGUGGCUGUUGGAUGUGGAUGGCAAGCAUUUGUUGCAUAUGUGAAUGUAGGGUGCUACUACCUUCUUGGUAUUCCACUAGGGGUGCUUCUUGGUUUUAAAUUUGACCUUGGUGCCAAGGGAAUAUGGUCAGGCAUGCUGGGAGGCACACUUUUGCAAACUAUUAUUUUGUUAUGGGUUACUUUGAGAACAGAUUGGAAUAAAGAGGUGGAGAAUGCGAAGAACCGGUUGAAUACAUGGGAUGACAAAAGGCAGCCACCUCUGCAGGAGUAAAGUGUUUGGCUGGAAUGUUUGGAAUCAGUAAAGAAGGAUCUGCCCUCUGUAUCCAAUCUUUGGGAUUGAAAGAUGACGUGAAACAAGUAAUGAUGACAAAUUAACAGUGGAAGGCUACUACGUUCUUGUAAUAUACUUUUAGCUUUUUAGAUAAUUAUAUUUAUUGAAUAAAACAUUUAACUUCA